UGUUGGUAUUAGUACAAACUAAAAAGAAGCCUGAACAUCCUACCAUAUAAAAGGAAAGCCGAGUGGAGAAAAGGGUAGACAUGACAACUGAAUGACAAAGGAUGAGCUUCACGCUAGUGUCAGUAGAUUGUCCAAUGGCAAUACAAACUCUUUGGACAUUGUAGUGAACACAGCGUCCAGCGUCAAAUUUCGGCCAAACUUGCAAGAGCUGUACGGUAACAAGUUUGUGGUGGAUACUAUUCUGUUUGGGCACGUAAAAGUGGGUACCUACAUCAGGGAACUUGGUGCUGAACGGUGCAGUUGGUACCACCGUGAUGGAUCCAGUUACAGCGACAAUGGGGUUCGGCGGGCCCAAUAUCACCGACUACGGCUGGACAACGGAGCUCGUCGACGGGCCAAGUAUCGUCACCGACUACGGUUCAACAACGGACUUCACCGACUCCCCCGGAAAGUGUAUCCCCGUUGACCCGUACUUUGACUUCACUGAAAAUAAAAAACAAGCCGAUAACUAUGUUGUCAGCGAGUCUUUGAAGGAUCUCAUGCUACCCAUUCUGUACAUUAUUCUCGUGAUAGGAACACUUGGAAAUGUGUCUUUCUUUUACGUACUGGUCCGAGUGCCGUACAUGCGUAACACGACAAAUUUAAUCUUAGCGAACUUGGCAGUGGCAGAUAUUGCAUUCAUCGUUAUCUCUGUGACAUGCUACUCGUUUUACUUUUCACAGCCGGUUAGGAGUCACUACGGCACGGCACAGACCUUGGGAUGUAUCGGCUCGUUUAUCGGGCAAUACAUCACCUACUACGCUUCGCUGGCUCUUGUAACUCUAGUCUCAGCUGAGCGGUACUUUUCAAUCUGUCGCCCGCUCAAGCACCGGUCAGUGAACACAAAGGGCCGGGCAGUGAAACUCGUCAUCUGUAGCUGGCUCCUGUCCUUAAUUCUAAGUGGUGUGGUCAUGCUUCGUUACCUUAACCUUCAACUUCAUUGCGUCAAGUGGCCAAAGGACGCCAAAUACGCCAAUUUACCGGUCACUGUUGGCUACUGCUUCCCCAUAGCGCCGUAUGGGUUAUACAUCGCUAAUUUAACCGAGUCCAUCCCAUUCAUCAGUGCGUUCAUUGCAAACAGUUUCAUGUAUGUUGGGAUCAUCCGGCGCUUAAGCAACCGCCCAGCUUUGAGCGUCAAGGGGGAUAAGCCAGCCUCUCUACCGGUGCGAGCGCAACAGGUACGCAACCAGGUCUCCAAGAUGUUGAUAGCUAACGGGAUCAUGUUCUUCCUGUGUAACACGCCGUUCGUCGGUAUCUCUAUAGCAUUCAUCAUCAGUCAUCUGGGAGGUGUCGAAUUGAUAGAGAUCUACGAGUCUCUGGCCGGGAUGUUGGUCAUCAGUCACGGGUUGCUCUUCGUGAACUCUGCCAUCAAUCCAUUCAUCUAUAACGCAACAAGUUCCCAUUACCGGCAGGCGUUCCGUGAUGCAUUCUGUUGUGCUGAUACCAGUGGGAGACCCAGGCUAGACAGCUCUACUCUCGCUGUCAUUAACGGCAGCAAAAAGUCAGAUAACAAGAACUCAUCCUUUACACAUAAACUGUAACAGUUUGAUGAACACAAUGUCACUGGCUGGUCCAAGGCACUGAUAGAUGUAUGUACAAUGUAUAAGGGGCCUUGGCCGAAUUUCAUAAAGCCUGUAAGCACGAAAACUUGCUAAGAAAUAGGGUAAGUGUAUAUAAUUGUAACUAAAUACCCUAUACAUGGAACAAUUCUGCUUAACAGAAACGGGUUACCAGCCAAAAUUACAUUCAGUUUACUUUGUUGUGGCUGGUGUCCCACUUAAUUUUUGCUCUGCACAUAAAUUUUUCAAUCAGUAUUUUCUGCGUAGGCCUAUUUGAAAUUGGGCCCUUGCCACACGAGGCAACUUUUACAGGCAACUUGGAGGCAAUCGACUGGAGUGCAUCCUGCAGGAACGCUUCGGUAGCACAUGAGUCAUUGCUUGCACACAAUGUCUUACGAUUCUAUAGAAAAACAACUAUGUGAACAUUGAAGUGUGAAUGGGUUCUCUUCUGCGAGAUUGCCUGGAAUUGAUUGCCUAUAAAUUUCCUCGUGUGACAUGACUUGAUGUAUAUUGUAUAUCUUGAAACUGCACAAAAGAGGGUGCGCCAAACAUCGCUUAGAUUCAAAACACCCUACAUACUUUACAUAUUUGCACGUGCUGUAAAGAUAAUCACGGUGGAAACUUCCCUUGAAAUAUUUUUGCUUCAAAUACUGUAUUUAUUUUGAGAAAAUGAGUAACAAAUUUGUUUUGAUCUUGCGAAUUCAUUUACAAUUUAUAUAUCGUUUUUUAUUGUUUUUAUUUUUACUAUUGAUCAUGACGAAGUUUGUAAAUGAUAGGUCGGGCAACAUAAAAGUGCGGGUUCUACUUCUGAUUUUAUGCUUGCAUGCUUAAUAUUUAUUUGUCACAUUAUUUCACUUAAAGCGGUGGACACUAUUGGUAAUUGUCAAAGACUAGUCUUCUCAGUUGGUGCAUCUCAACAUAUGCACAAAAUAAA